GCGGAGAUGGUUUACGCGCUGUCGAAUUCACGUUGUUCGACCACUGCAGAACACGCCCCCCAUGAGAGUCGACCAUGAGUUGCAGGUCUUCAGGGUACAAAUAGUUGCUUUUUCCACCGGAUGCGUCGCCGUCCGACCGCUCUCACUCCUACGGUCCUCCUAUGUCCUUUUCGAACCACCACCCGCCACCGUCUACCACUGGCUCGCUUCACUCCCUCCUACGCGCCCGCGAAUCCCGCUCAACAACCUCAGCGCGAUCCAUAUUUAUUCCCCAACUGACGCUUCCGCUCCGCCUAUCUUCAACGGCUUUCUGGAACCUCGAUGUGCAUAAGUCUAGAGCGAUUGCGAGGGACGAGGCGGGCGGUGCAGGAGGGAGCGCAUCGGCUGCGAGAAGAAGAUGCGCGCCGGUGAAUGCGCUGCAGGUGGAUCAUGUGGAGAGCCGCUUUCUGUUGACAGGCAGCGCGGAUUUCACCGUACAUCUGUACGAUUUGGAAGCAAGUCCAAAUGAUCGGCUCGCUGGAAGAGACGGCGGACGUGGGAAUCGGGUGAAUACACGUAGUGAGCGAACAUUGAACGGACAAAUACCUGCAUUACAAACCAACAACGGCGUUAUAGUAUCCCGGCCCAUUGCAACGCUUGAGCGCACGCGUGCCCAUACCUUUGCGGUCACUUCCGUGCAAUGGUAUCCCACGGACACGGGUCUCUUCAUUACUGGCUCAAUGGAUAGCACCGUCAAAGUAUGGGAUACGAACGCCAUGCAAAGCGUCUGCACAUUUGAUAUCGAACAGCGUGUCUAUGCGACAGACAUGUCGAUGAUUAGCACGACGCACAAUCUGAUUGCCACUGGCACGUCUGACCAGAACGUGCGCCUGUGUGAUCUGCGUACGGGCGCUUUCACUCACUCGCUGCAAGGGCAUCGUGGAAAAGUCAUGGCGGUGCGCUGGUCACCGAGAGAUGAGUUUUUGGUUGCCUCCGGAGGAUCCGAUCACACAGUCCGGUUGUGGGACGUUCGCAAAGCCCACCCACAUCUCAUGACACUCGAUCAACACGUAACCCUCGACUCAUUCAACAUCCUGACCCCCUCAGGCAACAUAGGCGUUGACCGCAACCCCGCCGCCCCCGACCUCGCCCGACAACGCGGGACAACAUCUCACAACGGCCCCGUGAACGGCCUCACCUUUACCUCCGAUGGCCUCAACCUGCUCUCCACAUCGCAUGACGAGACCCCGCGGCUCUGGGACGUUCUGCUGGGUUGUAACACGCUUACCAACUACGGACCCUACAUCCGAAACCAGGUCGACCAGAACCUCUCACCGGCCAUUACACCCCUUGGAGACUGCGACCCGCCGUUGGUGUUUCACCCAACCGACAAUCGGAUGACGUGUGUCAUGGAAAUGAGGACUGGAGCCCUCGCUUUCCAGUUGAAGGGUCAUAGCGCGAGAGUUGCUUGUGUCGGGUUUCGAAGGCCGAGGGCUGGCGGUGUGGAGCCAAAUGUGGAAGGGGAUAUUGGUGACGGCAGCAACACGCCCGUUCACUCCGAAGUGUUCACUGGCGGAUAUGAUGGAAAUGUUGUGUGGUGGGCUCCUGGGAAAGUCAUACCGGAUGGGGCCUUUGAAGACACGGACGGUGAAGGAUCAAGCGAGGCGUCUAUUGCGGCUCGUCUGGGAUGAUGAAGAUCGUUGUGCCGAUCGCGUUCCCUACUCUCCGGCACGACGGUUGCAAUGGCGCCCACACUCUUGUCCGUCUAAAU